AUGAUGAUCGAGACCGUAAAGAAACCACCGUCGUCGUCAUCGGCAGCAGCAAUAUCUAAUUUUGGAGCAUGGGCCAUGAACAUUGUCAGCUCUGUCGGUAUUAUUAUGGCCAACAAACUACUCAUGUCCAACAAUGGCUAUGUUUUCACUUUUGCCAGCACGUUAACUGGGUUCCAUUUUGCUGUUACUGCUCUCGUUGGUAUACUCUCAAAUGCUACCGGUUACUCAGCAUCAUCAAAGCAUGUCCCUAUGUGGGAGCUUCUUUGGUUCUCAAUGGUCGCCAAUUUGUCUAUCACUGGCAUGAAUUUUAGCCUCAUGCUCAACUCCGUUGGAUUCUACCAAAUAUCAAAAUUGAGCAUGAUUCCUGUGGUUUGUGUUAUGGAAUGGAUUCUUCACAACAAGCACUUUUCAAGGGAAGUCAAAAUGUCAGUGGUAGUUGUGGUUACUGGUGUUGGUAUUUGCACUGUAAGUGAUGUCAAAGUUAACCUCAAAGGUUUCACGUGUGCUUGUUUAGCAGUUUUGUCAACAUCUUUGCAACAAAUUUCAAUAGGUUCUCUUCAAAAGAAAUAUUCCAUUGGAUCUUUUGAAUUGCUGAGUAAGACUGCGCCCAUUCAAGCCCUUUUUCUUCUUUUUCUUGGUCCAUUUGUUGAUUACUACCUCAGUGGAAAAUUGAUAACCAACUAUGAGAUGUCUUCCGGAGCCUUUUUAUGCAUUCUUCUUUCAUGUUCGUUGGCUGUAUUUUGCAAUGUGAGCCAAUACCUUUGCAUCGGCCGCUUUUCAGCUGUUUCCUUCCAAGUUUUAGGCCACAUGAAAACAGUAUGUGUUCUAACGUUGGGAUGGCUGCUAUUUGAUUCAGAGUUAACUUUCAAGAAUAUAAUGGGAAUGGUCAUCGCAGUUAUUGGCAUGAUAAUUUAUAGUUGGGCCGUGGAGGCUGAAAAAAAGUCAAAUGAAAAGAACUAUCAUCAUGCAAAAAAUAGCCUAACUGAUGAAGAAAUUAGAUUAUUGACUGUGGCUGGAAUAGACAAGAUUCCUUUGAAAGAUGUUGAACUGGGCGAAGAUCAAGGAGAUUGA